CAGACUCGAGCUGCGUUCAGGACCCGGUCGUGUUUUCAACUUCCGCUAGAUCAAAGCUGCUUUAGUUAGCAGCUGUGAGGUCACGUGACCAAUAACCGUGUACGCUGUUAGAUCGGUGUAGCUGCUGUGAUGUCACGUUGUGAUGUCACCGCUGUUUGCACCGUGAUGUGAGCUGCAGCAGAGGGAGGAGGGGCUUUAUGUGACCUCUGACCUAUCUGCUUUCUUAUCAGAAUUCCAUCAGAAGUGAUCAGGAAGUCAAGAAGCUGUGUGACAUCAUCAGGAGGUGGCGAUGUCACAGCGUGACGUCAUCGACUUCUCUGCGUUGGAGAGAGAGCUGCAGGUGGUGGUUGAGUCUGAGCGGCGACAUCAGCGUGAGAACGACGCCAAGCUGAGAGCCGUCAGCCAGAGAGCGUCCUACGACCAGUUCAGAGACCUGGUCCUGGCCUGCCACAUGAAGCCUCUGGAGAAGAAAGAUAAAGACAGCGCACCGCGGAAACAGCCCUGGAACCCCGUCGCCCGGAGCAACAAGUGAUGUCCGCUCACCUGGACCAGCUUGGACCGACACGCUGUAACCCACAGAGUCUUUGAUGUUCUGAUGUCAGAACAUGUGACACAUGAUGAAAGCUGUAAACAGGAAAUGAGAUCAGAUGUAACAGUUCAUCAUUUUCUAAUAAACAUGAAGAACGCGAACCAUUCUCCCAGCAUCACUGACUCCUACACCUGUUCAUUCACCUGUGACCUGUGGACGUCUUUCACUGUACUGACCCAACACUGAGGUCAGAGGUGAUCAGGUAGUCGUGCAGGUAGUCCCACCCUGAGAGUGUAACAGCAGCGGAUCAGGUGUGUAGACAGGUGUGCAGUUCUGUGUUUUUUCUGUCCUCACUCCUCACUCCUCUGAUUUCAGUUUCUCACACUGAGCAGCAGGGGGCGCUCCAGGUCCACCGCUCAGCUUUGUUUGGCAUCUCCGGAUGAAGGCUGAGCACUAACAACCAUGACAGAGCGAAACAGCUCACAUGUGACCAGCUGUGAAAAACACUGAGAUGAUUUUUUAUUACAGGAAGUGAAAAAGGAAAAGUAAGUGUCAGCGACCCUGGAAAUCAUGUGACUCAUUGGUAUCACUAUAAAUAUAACAGACAGAUAUCAGCUUAUGUUCUGUCUGUGAAGGCUCUCAGUCAUACAGGCCGUGGUGAUCUAAGCUUGGAAGAAACGCGACUGGACAUCUUGUGAAGACUUUUCAUCACAAUCAGGAUAUCUUGAUAAUCCCAAAGGAAAUUAUGUAUCCGACAAGCUUCUUCAGUUCCAAAAGCAAA